AUGAACAAAGCCAACAAACGAAAACUGGCUAUGUAUGCUGAGGCCAAUCCUGGGGCAACGGUUUACGUGAUUCUGAAGCUGGCCAAGCCACUCUUGCACCUUCUGUGUGGCUUCAUUUGGUUGAGCAGUGAGCAUUUUGACAUUUGCCAGGACACAGCAGCUGCCAGGAAUGAUCCUCGAUCCUACAGAGUCUCUGAAGCUGCUCAACAAUCAUAUUUGACCAAGUUUAGGAAAGAGGUUGAUCAUUUGAUGCAUUCAGAGCACAUGUUCCUGCCCUCUGCUGGUUGCACUAUGGCCAUGCGUGCAUUAAUGUUUCGACUCCUUUCACGCUGUUCCUGUGCUGUUCACCACUAUUUGACUGUGUCCCAUCGGAAUUGCCCAUACGGUCUGUUCAAAGCAUUGACUGGGGGGGCACUGGAGGUUCAGGACAUUCCACUCUGCCUCCAAGAUGAGCUUACCACAGCCAUUCUUUCGGAUUUUCCGACGUACAACGAGUUGCAAUCGGAAGAGUGCCAACAAAUACUUUCCUCCAUUGCACACUCCUUCCAGAUUGACAUUUUGAACAUAGAGGCUGCCCACGCUUCGACCCGCCGUUUGAUAACAUUGCGCUCAGUCCAGACUUGGGCUUUGUCAAUGGAACAACUGAACACGGAGUUUAUCUUGCGGAAGAUCGUAUGCUUGCGAGAGCCGUUUAUGCCUUCUGGCCGCAUGUGUGCAAGAAAUCAGACGAGCAAGAAACGGAAGCGACAGGAGGCUGCUGCACAUCAGCCCCGGAUUCGAAGCGACAACAAACAAAAGGUCGGUUACGGUGGCACUUGGAGAGCUUUCAUGCGGACACAUGUGAAAGGCAUCAAAUUCAAGCAGGUUGGCCCGACCAUCAAGAGGAUGAGGUUGCGCUACCAUUUGUUGAAGGCCAGCAAAGACAGUGAGUGGUCCCUUUUGGAGCAUCUCGGUGUGCUUGCGACUCUUGCAGGGCAGCAGGGAGCAGUGCCAUUUCCAAGGUUGGAGGAGGCAGCAACCCCAAACCCAGGCAUUCUUCAGGACGACUUUGGCUCCAGGGCUGUGGUGCCUUUUGAAACAGCAGGUGAUGUGGUGCAGGCAGAACUGCGGCAACUUAGGCAGGAGUCUCGAGUGUUGAGUUCACUUGCUGCAACAGAACGUGAACAGAUGGCAAGUGAUGUCGUGGAGGCUGGCAAGAUGCAUAAGCAACUGCUCGGUGGUCAGCAGGGUCAGUCUUCUGAGUUGGUUGGAGCCUUGGGCAGUGGAUCUUAUCACUGCCUGCCGGGGCACCUGGGUCAACCAGAUGUGGCGUACUUUGUUGCACCAGCAGAUCUCUUGGAGAUCUUCAAGAAGACUGGAUCGGCUCGCAAAAGGUACGGCCAUGGAUUGUGGACACCCUUGAUGAAUGAGUGGCAUUCACUUAAUCGACUUGUGCGACAUUCUGAACAUGCAGUGAUUCAGACCAGUGAGACUCGUGAGACUUCAAAGUCCAUGUGCCUUGAGCAGGGCACAUGCAUCUGCAAGAGCUUUGUGUGGCAUUACCAUUGCAAGUUCAUUGCUUUGAUGUGCAAACCGCAUUUCCUGCCGAAACGUGAGGCCAGAAAGCAAUCCACAGCAGCAGCAGCAGCCGAGGCCCCGAAAGCAAGUCCGCAGCCGGCAGGUCCAUCGGCAGGAUCUGCACCGAGCCAACCCAAGCCCAAGAAGAAAGCAGUGAAAACACCCCACCGUGUCUUGGCAGAGCAGGGCUUCUUGGUUGUUCGUGUUUCAGCUUGCAAGGGGAGGGUCACACGGCAUGCGGACAAUCCUUGGGUGCAACUUGCAGCCAAAAGGGCAGGACACUCUGCCGAGCUUCCUGCUAUCACAGAUGGUGGGGUUGCUGCCGGUCAGGAACAGGAGGAUCAGCUGGAACAGUCUUUGUGGUUCCACUUGGGGUUCAUGAAUUAUCGAACGUGGCAAUGCACAGUCACACCCCUCAAUUACUCACAUUCGGACGAUGAAGGUGUUCAUCUGUAUGCGCAGGAUCCUUUGGGCUGUUGCUUGCAUCUGGAUUUUGUCAAGCAGAACCAAGAUCUGAAAGCAGCCUGGGUUGCUCAAUAUUAUACCGUGCACAGCACAGGUGCAACCUUGGCACCUGCUGACAUGCUACCUGCACAUGUCAUUGUUCGAACGUAUAAGGGGCUACCACCACUCAAAGUCUGGCUGGGUGAGGAAAUGGAGGCCCGCAUGAGGCACCAACGUGCCCGUGGAGGCCGUGGAGGUCAGAGACAACAGGGAGGGUCACGGGCAUCCCAUGGUGCAGCUGCUGGCCAGACCAGCCGUUCUGCAGGUUCGGCAUCGGGCUCAGCAGCUCUGGGCCACGCAGAUCCUGAUUUUCAAGCCCCUGCCAGUGACACUGUGAUCGAGGACAGGCCAAAUGCCAAGCAACUGCCCUCUGGUGAUGAGGCCAGUGGGUCUGACAAGGAUCAUACACUGGAGGAUCGCCUCGUGACUGAUGAUCCAACACCCUUGGAUGAAGCUGCAGAGGACCUUGAGCAUGAUGAUGUUCCUGAUAUUUCUGGCGCCCAAGCUUCAAGCUCAUCUGUGCGCCCAGUGAAGGGCCCAGCGGAUGCCAGUGCCCCGAGUGAUGCAGCAGCUCCUCGUCAUGGUCGAGGUGGCGGAGCCGGUGGUGGUGAGAAGAGCGGCACCGAGGUCGUUUUCGAUUUAGGCCAAGGUGCCUCGAUACGAUACUACCCUGUAUCCAACGUUCUGCAGGCUUACUGCCGCUUGCACGGCUCGGAUUGUCGCAAGACCCGGACAGUGAAGGCUGGCCGCCAGGAACAUCAGGGACGUCCUCUCGGAUUUCUGCUCUCCUGGUUAAAGGUUAGAUGA